UCCAUUAUUUUAAUUGUAGGGAUUUGAUUGUGAAAAAUUGUAUUUCUUUUUGAUUGUAUUAACACCACCAAAACAAUAUUUUUUAAUUAGCUCAUAAAAAUGAAUAUAUCGAAUAUAUUGUAAAUAAUAAAUAACUAAUUUAGAAAUGAAUAAAGUUUAAAUUUUUGUAAAUUAUUAAGUGGUUUCCUAAUCUUAUCUGUAGUUACGUGACAAUAGAAACCUAAUAAGAGCAACAAAAAUUAGCUAAUAAAUUGAUUUGGAAUCUCAUUGUGCUUUUCAUAACAUAAGUUUCCUUCCAAAUUUUCAGAUACAAAGCAAUCGCAAUAUUGUAAGAUGAGAAAAUCAGUAUUUUAUUUUACGAUAUUUUUCUUGAUCGUCAACGUUGUUGGACAACAUGGACUUACGGAUCAAGAAAAAUGGAAGGUUUCUUUUAGUGAUUUAAAUAUUACUAUUCAUAUGGACGAAGAAGCACAAUCAAAAUUAAAAAUUAAUUUAUUUGAUGAGCAAUUAAAGGGAUCGAAAUUUCGGUUAAAAAGCGAAAAAACUCACAUUUCGACUGUUCCGGAUGAAUACAUUCACCUGAAUGGAUCUUCUUGGGAAGGAUAUGUUUUGGUGAAAGGCGUGUUUUUGGGGAAAACAAAAAUUUGUGUUGAAUUGAUAUUAUCAAAUAAUCAAAGCGAAAUCUCAUCAAAUUGUCAGGAUAUAAUAGUAAUAAGAAAAAUGAGAAUAAUUGAUCACGUGUUUACAGGAUCAGUUGCAUUAUUAGUUAGUUUAUUAUAUAUCAAUUUCGGAGCAGCGUUAGAUUUAAGUGUUCUCAAAGGUAUCUUGAAAAAACCUGUUGGACCGGCAAUUGGCUGUUUUUGUCAAUUUAUAUUGAUGCCUGUUAUGAGCUACGCACUUGGAUAUGCUUUAUUCGCAACCGAUAUUAAUAUGUGGUUGGGUCUGUUUUUCACAGGUGUAUCGCCAGGUGGUGGAGCAUCAAACAUGUGGACGGUUAUAUUAAAAGGAAAUAUAAAUCUCUCAAUAGUAAUGACAACUAUUAGUAAUUUGGGCGCAUUUGCAAUGAUGCCACUAUGGAUUUUUACGCUUGGUAAAACAAUAUUCGACUAUGGGGAUUUAAAAAUACCAUACGAUCGUAUAGCUACUUUUGCUGUGUCUUUGGUUGUACCUCUAUUAAUAGGAAUCGGCAUACAAAAAUUUUUACCAAGAAUUGCUCGAGUGCUUUCUCGUCUUUUACGUCCUAUCUCGGCAAUUUUAAUUAUUUUCAUUAUUAUUUUUGCUACUGUUACAAACUUAUAUUUAUUUGAAUUAUUCUCUUGGCAGAUUGUAGUAGCUGGUUUAGGUCUACCGUGGUUAACUUAUUGUUUAAGUUGGUGCGUGGCGAAAUUGCUGAAACAAAAUGAUAUAGAUUGUUUAGCAAUCGCUAUAGAAGCUGGAAUUCAAAACACUGGGAUUGCAAUUUUUAUGCUUCGUUUUUCACUCGGACAACCUGAAGCAGAUUUAACGACAGUAAUACCAGUUUCAGUUGCAAUAAUGACACCUAUACCACUUUUUCUUUUAUAUUUAGUGCAAAAGGUAAGAAGUUGCAGAAGAAAUGCGAAAGGAUUGCAAGAAAUAGAAAACGAUAAUGAAUAAAUCUAAAAUUUAAUUCGCUCUUUUAACAAAAUUUGUAGUUUUUGGAUAAGUACAAAACAUUUCUUAUGUUUUUUAAAUGCAUUUGACUAAAAAUUUAUAACAAUAUGUAUUAGGCAAUGCAAUAUAAAUGUAUACUUAAUAUUCUGGAUAAAACUACAACUUUUGUGAUAAGCCUGCAAUAUAAGCAUAAAAAUACGGUAAUUGCAGUUAUCAAUAGAAUAUAUAAAAAAGUUAUAAAGCUGGUAUAUUGAAUAUUGUAUCAUAUCAUUAAAUGUUGUUAAAUUUUCAACACAUAUUAUAAGGUUGCUAAAUUUUCUAUAGAUAUUUAUUUUAAAAACUGAAAAAUCUCACUGUAUAAUGAAAAAUUUUAAAACACAGUCAAAUAUCGAAUAGUUUUUUUGGGAAAAUUUUCUGUAAAUUUCAAAUACAUAUGUAUAUACUUUUAAUUAAAAACUAUCCAAAAUUUUUUUUCAUUAUUCAAAGAUUUCGUAUUACUAAUUUAUGUUCAUUCUCAUGUGAUAAUGUGAUUUAAAUUUCAAAUAUUAUAUAGUAAAUUUUCUUGAAUAAAAAAUGAUUUUUUAACUAUUAUUUAGUAUGCUUAGUCUAUAAACUAAAUCUGUUUUUAUCAUUAACGAUCUGACGAAAUGACGAAAUUUAUAAUUUUAAUGCUAAGAAAAAUACUUGUUAAAAACAAUUGUUAUGUAUGUAUAAUAUGUAAUGUAUCUAGAUUAUUAGUUAAGUGAUAGGCUUGAAUGUGUUGCACUUAAUAUUUGAAUUUUAAAAACCUAAAAUAUGAAUUAAAAUAAGUGAAUUUGUUUAAAAUUCCAAACGAAAUAUUUUUACAAAUAUUUAAAAUUUAUUGUUUUUCUCUUGUUUUUGUAUAUGUACAUAUAAAUUAUUUGUUGAGAUUUUUUAACUAAACUAAGGUAAAAAUAUAUAUUUUAACUUAGUCAAUAUAUUUUUUUUAUAGAUUUUGUAAAAAUCAUAAAACUUUUUAUAAGAUUUUUAUUUUAAUAAAGAAUUUUGUUUUUCGCAA